AUGUCUGACACGUAUGACAAAUUGCUCGAAGUAUCUAAUAGGCAUGACAAGGAAAUCGAGCUCCUGCGUAAGAGAGUUGACGACAUUGAGGCAAACCAGGACGGGCAGCAAAUUCGAAAACUGCGUCAGGAAUUGAACGACCUGAGCCAGUACUGUAGGCGGCAAAACAUGGAAAUACAUGGAAUGCCUGUGACAGAUGGUGAAGAUUUACUGAGCAAAGUAAACAGCCUUGCUGUGAAACUUGACUUGCCCACACUUGUAGCAAAUGACAUUGAAGGGCUACACCGCCUUCCAUCUCAACCAGACAAGGUGCCUGUGGUUUUGAUCCGUUUUGCCAACCGAUCCACAAAAACAGACUGGAUUUCAAAGCGCAAAAAAUGCGAAGAUGACAUUCGAUUCUUUGAAAACCUGACGGCUUCUAGCAGGAAUUUACUGUGGCUCGCUAAAAUGAAGGCUAAGGAAAUGAAGUACGCUUUCGUCUGGUCAAAGGAAGGAAAGAUCUACGCUCGAAAGAAACCUGGUGCACGAGUCAUCAGGAUCGCUUGUGAGGAGGACAUUGAUAAGAUGGUGUAA